AUGUCUGACCGAGAAUUCAACUCGACGGUCCAAAAGAUUAUCACCGAGAUUUUACCACCUAGCUCCGGCCAAACCUUCUCCAAGGAUGCGCGUGACUUACUCAUGGAAUGUUGUGUCGAAUUUAUUACACUGAUCUCCUCCGAAGCAAACGAUAUCAGCGAGAAGGAGGCCAAGAAGACCAUCGCUUGUGAACAUGUGGAGAAGGCUUUACGGGACCUCGGUUUCAGUGAUUAUAUUGCCGAUGUACUCGCUGUUGCUGAAGAGCAUAAGCAGCAGCUGAAGUCACGAGAGAAGAAGCAGAGCAAGAUGGAGCAAAGUGGUCUGACAGAAGAGGAGCUUCUAAGGCAACAACAGGAGCUAUUCCGAUCAGCGACUGACAAAUACCAUGCUGUCCCAGAAUAG